AUGGCCUCACAUCUCUGCAAAUCCGCUUCCAGAGCCGCUAGGUCUCUUCUCUCCGCUUCUUUCCACUCCCAAGGACGCGCCUUAGCGGCGGCUGCAGCUGUUGCAUCCAUUAGAAAUGUUCCGGUUUUUGCUUCAAAUUACAGGAGAACUGGUUCUGGAAAUGGAUCUACUUCCUGGAUUGCAGGAGCACUAGCUCUUCCUGCUGCAGCUUACAUGCUCCAAGAUCAGGAGGUGCAUGCUGCCGAGCUGGAGCGCACUUUCAUUGCCAUUAAGCCUGACGGAGUGCAAAGAGGGCUGAUUUCAGAGAUUAUAUCUCGUUUCGAGAGGAAAGGGUUCAAGCUUGUGGGAAUUAAAGUAUUGAUUCCUACAAAGGAAUUUGCCCAAAAGCAUUAUCACGAUCUGAAAGAAAGACCCUUCUUCAAUGGAUUGUGCGACUUCCUGAGCUCUGGCCCUGUUAUUGCAAUGGUAUGGGAAGGAGAGGGAGUUAUUACCUACGGCCGUAAACUAAUUGGAGCCACAGAUCCACAGAAAUCAGCACCUGGAACCAUUAGGGGUGAUCUGGCUGUUGUUGUUGGAAGAAAUAUCAUCCACGGCAGCGAUGCUCCAGAGACAGCAAAGGAUGAGAUUAAGUUGUGGUUCAAGCCAGAGGAAUUGGUUAGUUUCACUAGCAAUUCAGAGAAGUGGAUUUAUGGUGACAACUGA